UUGAAGAGGGACACAGACACCGUGGAUCUGAACGCUGCCGGUGUUUGUUAUCCACAUUUGCGGGGCGCAGCAGCAAAAGCACAAGGGCAAAGCCUCGCCGCCGUCGCCGCCGCCGCCGCCGCCGCCGCCGCGGCGAUCGCCACGCCAUGUCUCCCUCCCUCUUGCUUACCUCUAGGGGUACCCACUCGCCGGCGCCACGGCCGCAAACCCGUCGAGCAUCACAACUGCUCGUCUCUUUCCCCUCGCGCUGCAGCCGCUUCGUCGGCCUCCGCCUCGCGCGCGCAGCCGCCGAUUCGCAGGGGCCCAACGGCGCUGCCCCUGGAUCUGGAUCUGGUGGGGACGGAGAGGGCAAGGCAGCCAAUGGUGCCGACACCAAAUUGCCAAAGAACCGGAGGGACAUACUCCUGGAAUACGUUAAAAAUGUCCAGCCAGAGUUUAUGGAGCUCUUCAUAAAAAGAGCUCCGCCACAGGUUGUUGAUGCCAUGCGCCAAACGGUGACUAAUAUGAUUGGGACUCUGCCACCUCAAUUUUUCGCUGUAACUGUGACAACGGUUGCUGAAAAUCUAGCUCAGCUUAUGUACAGUGUUCUGAUGACCGGAUACAUGUUCAGGAAUGCGCAGUAUCGUCUGGAAUUGCAACAGAGUUUGGAGCAGAUUGCCCUUCCAGAACCAAAAGAAGAAAAUGAUUCUGCAGAUUAUGCUCCUGGAACCCAGAAAAAGGUUACUGGAGAAGUUAUCCGAUGGAACAAGACUACUGGUCCUGAGAAAAUUGAUGCAGUAAAAUAUAUAGAAUUGCUUGAAGCAGAAAUUGAUGAACUCAGCCAUCAAGUUGCUAGAAAAUCAUCUCAAGGAAGUAAUGAACUCUUGGAAUAUCUAAAAACUCUAGAACCUCAAAAUCUGAAGGAGCUGGCAAGUAGUGCCGGCGAGGAUGUCGUUUUUGCUAUGAAUGCAUUCAUAAAGCGCCUUUUGGCUGUCUCAGAUCCUGCACAGAUGAAGACAACAGUUUCAGAAACAAGUGCUAAUCAGCUAGCCAACUUGAUGUUUUGGUUGAUGAUUGUUGGCUACAGCAUGCGCAAUAUUGAAGUGCGGUUUGACAUGGAAAGAGUAUUGGGUGCUGCCCCAAAGAUAGGGGAAUUACCACCUGGAGAAAACAUAUAGCAGGGAGGAAAGGGGCGUAAGAGUGGGGAAGUGAUGAUUAGUUAAAAUCUAGGGUUACUGGCCGGCCAAGAUAACUGUAUUUGCGUGGUCAUAUUAUUUUGAGUGGAAUGGAUUACAGCAUUUGUGCAAAGACACCAAUCCACAUUUUGGGAACUAAGAUGAGAUGCUAGGCAUAGCCAUUUCUGAUAUAUUUCUCGGGGAGGUAUAGACGACGAGAUACAUAGAAACAAUAGAACGGGACCUGAUGCUGUAGUUUUGCAACCUGACUAUUGUUGGUAAAAUACAAUCAAGGCAACUCAUAUUACCAUAUUGUACUCCCAUGUUGUAUGUCUAGUUCACCAAUCAAGUUGAGUCUGAUGUGAGUUUGUUUAGAAUC